AUGAGAAACUUAGGUGUCGUGGCCUUUUUGCUUGCUCUGACCGUUGGCGCAGAGGUGCGCAUGCCGCUUUUUGUGCAAAAGCCGGGGGAUGCUGUGAAGGCCCCACUUGCCACCCUGGUUUACGACCGAGAGUCAAAUAUCGUUAAUGUCACCGAGGUAAAUGAGUCGCUACAGGAGGACUCGUACUGUGUAGGUGCACAAAUGGAUGAGAACUACUACUCAUGUUUCUCCUACGUCAAACUGAGGUACCCGUUGCACUAUGACCUCUACCUGGAUACCAGCCACAAUACACACCUGUUGUAUAAGCUAAGUCUAAAACCCAACCCUCGGGCUAGAGGCAUAGAGAGCUGGAUACGAGACCCCGAACUGGGGCCCGAGGCUCACCCAGUAAAACUUCGGAGGGUCACCAAGACCUACGAUGACAAAAAAAAAGCGAGUUUGAAAUCGGGCAGCGCCUCGUUCGAGGAAGAUAUUGACGUGGAUGAACGAUCGUUUUUGCAGAAAAACUGGAAGUACAUCGUCAUCGGACUUGUUUUGUAUGCACUUUCCAGUGCCGGCCAGCAGUCGUAA